AUGCAAAGAAGCUAAAACGAUGAUGAUAAACCUCUGAUUCCAUUAUCUUAAGCAACAGAAUAAAAGAGACAGGAGAAAUUGGCAUAUGAAAAGCAAAUGGCCAGAGUUACCUUGUUGAAAUAGACCCAAUAGAAAAACUUGCAUUUAGCUAAAUUAUACGAGAUGGCUGCAGACAAGAUUGAAAACGGAUUAUCAGUGAAGUAACAGUUACGAAAUCUGGCUGAGGAAGCGCGUUAAUUGAAGGAGGAGGAUAUGAAUAAAAGAAAACAUCAAAUCAAAUAGAUUAAGAGACAUGAAGAAGAGUUUAUUUUAAAACGAGUUGCUAAAUAGAAGAUUGGCGAUUCCAUGAAGUAAUCCUAAGUAAAGGAGUAUAAGAGUGCCAUCAAAUUGACAAUAUCAAGAACAAGAGAUUGUAUUCUUCAAGAGAAUUAAAAGAUUCGAGAGACUCUCUAUUAAGAAGAAAAGAGAAGGAAGGAAAGGAAGGAGGAAGCCAAAAAAUUAGAUGAAAUGAAAUCAUAACAAUUCUAUAAGGAAAGAGUUUCGUAUGAAAAAAUGAUUGAGGAGAUGUUAAAAAAAUCAAGAGAAAAGCUCUUUUAAGAUGAAUAGAUGUUGCAAGGUCGUUUAAAAGUAAGAAUUAGUGUAUACUGCUAUUAGGAAACUUAAAAUUUACUUAGUAAAUCUUAAAAGAAAUUCAUGAAACUUCAAUCACAAAGCGUGCACAGCAAACGUUGA